AUGUCGUCCAGACCCCCGUCGCGCGUCGUCUUCGUGGGCAACAUUCCCUACGGCCUGUCCGAAGAGCAAAUAACAGACAUCUUCUCCAGCGCCGGCAAAGUCGAGCGUUUCCGCCUCGUCUACGACUCUGAGACCGGCCGGCCUAAGGGGUUCGGGUUUGCAGACUACCCUGAUACCGACUCUGCGUCGUCUGCCGUGCGCAAUCUAAACGACUAUGAAAUCAUGGGCCGCAAGCUACGCGUCGACUUUUCUAACGAGCAAAAGAGCGGCGGCGACGACGACGCAGGCAACAAUCAGCCGUCUUCGGCAAUGAACCUCCACGCUGCCAACGGCGGCGGCACGUUUUCACAGCCCUCCACGCUGCCUCAACUUCCCGCCGGCAAGGAGAUCCCUGCCGGCCUGACGUGCACCGACGCCAUCUCACGAACCCUCAACACCCUCCCACCCCCUCAACUCCUCGACAUCCUCGGCCAGAUGAAGUCGCUAGCAUCUUCAGACCCCCAAAGAGCAACCGAGCUCCUGCAGCAAGCGCCCCAGCUCUCGUACGCCGUCUUCCAGGCACUUCUCCUCAUGGGCCUUGUCUCGCCAGAGGCCAUCCAGUCAGUCGCCGAGCCUGGCGCGCCUCAAGCUCACCCCCCGGCCACUGGCUUCCCCGGAGCCAUCCCUGGCUAUCCCGCCGCCAACAACACACCGCCCGUCCCUGCCGCGCAGGAUCCGGAUGCCCUGAUCAGACAGGUCAUGGAGCUGCCGCAAGCGCAGAUCGAUAUGCUUCCCGAGGCGGAAAAGCAACAGAUACUGGCACUCAGAGCCACGUUCGCGGCCCAACAACGGAGAUGA